AUGCCUGGUCUCGUCAUGGACGAUGUCAGCGCAAGUGCAUCUAGAGAUUGGGGAAACUCUUACAAUCGCCAUGGCAGCAAUGGAGAGUCGAAUCUUCAGCAUGACAACAGCCUUGAAAAAGCAGACAGGACAUCACGGUCUGUGAACGGUUUCAAAAGUGAUGAUCGCAAACAAUCUGAGACGAGUAUCGUGCAAGGGAAUGGAAAGCCUGGUGCAUUUACUGGGAAAGCCCAGCAAGAAUGGGCCCCAGAACUUUUGCAUAUAACGCAGGGAUUCUUUCCUUAUGCUCAGCUCGUAAACAGAGCCGUACAGCAAUGCUACAAUGACCUUUGUGACGUGAUCACAGAAUUAGCAGAGGCUCAGGGCUCAUCACAGCCGCAGCAGUCGUCCCAAAAUUCCUUUACGAAUGGAAAGUCCAUGGGAAACCAGGAUGCGGGUGCCGUACAAAAAAGAAUUCGAAUAUUAGAUUUCACUCAGGCUAAGCGAACUGAGUUCAUCAAGCUUCUUGUUUUAUCACAAUGGAGUCGCCAAGCUGUGGAUGUCAGCAAACUCAUCGAUCUACAAAACUUCAUACGGACACGGCAUGGGGCUUAUCAGACCGCUGUUCAGCGAGUAGCAGAUAUGAAACGAGACCUGGUCAGGGCGCAGGUAGCAAACCCAGAUCUGCAAACUGCAUUGGAGGUUUUAACUACAGGCCGUGUGGCCGAUAUGCCAGAGUUCGGUUACAAACCUCCAAAGCCGCUUAGUUCAAGACGUCUUUUAGCAACCUUGCAAAGGAUCAAUCGCAUCAUCAGUACGCGGCUGGUGACUUGUGAAGACAUCCCGAUCUCUCUCCAUAAUUACUGGGUCCAUGACGGCCGGGUCACCUUUGCCGUUCAAGGCGGAUUCGAAUUAGAUCUCUCAAUCGCCGAAGAAGAUGUAUCCUCUCAAUUCUACUUCAUUGACCUUCGCUUCCUAUUUUCGCCGUCCUCCCCAAUACCCAAAGGCCGCUUUUUCAAUGAGCUCGACUUACAGAUUAACAACAUUCUGAAAACCAAAGGCUUAAAGGGCUGUUUCGACUUUAUCCAUAACCUUGUCCUUGUGAACAAAAUCAACAUACUUUUCAAGCAAGCAAUUGAUCUUUCCAGAGGCCAAUGGACAGGUGCUUUACGGGUUGAAUUAUUGCAUCGCACCUUGGUGGUGCAUUACUGGCCUGAUAAAAGUGGCCCAAAGAGCUGGAUAGAAAUUGGUGUCCUGAGUGGUCGUCACCGGCGCCAAAAUAUUUCUUGUCUUGGUCUUCGUUGGCUUCGCGAAGGAAAAGAGUCUGAUUCUUCGUACAUUCACUUUGAUACCGAGUCUCUUUCCAUGGAAACCAUUCUGCGCAGCGUCAUCGCAAUACAUUCAUCUCAUUUACUUCACUCCGUUUAUGAACGCAUUCGAACUCAAAAGUUAUUUGCUAACUACCAACUCUCAAUCAAUAUACAAAUGUCCAAAAUCGAACCUGGAAAUUGCCGGCUUCACGUCCAACUUACAGAAUCUCGUUACCUUGAUGCUUCGUUGGAGCCCGUUUCUGGAGCUAUGUGCAUCCACACCCGACCGUCGUUGUUAUGCCGCUUAGAUAAAGGGGGUGCUUCCGACGAUGACUUUGUUAAUCGUAUCUCUCGACUUCGUGGUAUUGCAGCCAUGGAGGAAAUUGAGUCAGACGCUAAGAUCUUUGGAUGGGAGAGCGUUGAUCAUCGGAAAUUCAAAGUGGACAUUCGACGUGCUUUUCCAAAUAACAUAUUACGGGCUUCCUUUUUCCGCAAUCGUCUUUGGGGCAAUUCAUGGAUUGUUGCUGCAACGACUAGUUUGAGUGGUGAUGACUGGUGGAUAUUACAUCUCAAACCACGAUCAGCACCACACUCCGAGGUUUUUGACCAAAUUCGCACAGUUUCCGGUGGCUUUUCAAUACAGUCCACACGUGUGUUGGCCGGGGAUCAACUCUUGACGCUGCGAGGAUCUAAAUACUACUUUCCAGAUCUCGACUACUCUCUAACUGGAAUUCUCGUUAUGCAUUCAAACGCAUUAUGGCUUUCAGAGUUGGGCUAUCGGAGCUUUCUGCCUUCUGUAGAACAGUUGCAGCUUGGGUCGAAAUUCGAAGUUCCUUGUCUUUACUUAAAGUUUGAUGUUGCAGAUCUCCCAAAAGCACUGCAAAUUUCGCCACCGAAUGGUGCAAAAAACAAGUCAUACAUACACAACUCCCUAACAAUUUCAUAUCAUGGAAUUGAUUCCCACACAAAGAGUGCAAUUGUGGUUGCACAUGGACGAUUCUAUACCUCUUUAAGGAAGUUGGGGUUGAAGAGGUUAAAGCUUGAUGAAUGUAUACUCCUUCGACGAGGUGGCACAGCCUUCGCAAUGCGGUUCCUAAUCGCUCCUGGGCAAUCGAUCAUGGUUGACUUAUUUGAGCGAAUCCAGAGGCUGAACAUCAUCUUGUCUUUGUUUGAAACACUCCAGCAUAACAAGAUCACGGUGCAAUCAGUAUCUCUAUCCAAACUGUCGUUUGUAUACGCGUCACAGGAAGGUCUCCUAGCAAAUAUCUUCAUACGACUGACUGGACCGGGAAAUGCAGCUAGUUUUGAUGCUGCCGCCCUUCGUUUACACAACGAAUCGCUCUUUUCUUUGCGCCUUGAUAUUUCCUUUAAUAACUCGAGCCCUCAUAACCGUAUCAAACCUUCUCUGGGAAUGAUACUUAACCGGACUGGCCCUGGUUAUGGCGUUGGGUCUGUGCUGCGAUUACUUACGCUUACACUGCCAGUACUUCGUGCUUUAGAUAGUCUUAUUGCUGCACCACGGCACAACUCCGCAUUACAAAUACAAAUUUUGGUCCGUGGCGCCCAGACUUACCAAAUCUACUACACCGGCCUUCGAUUCCGGUUCCUCUUGAAUGCCUCGAAUCGACGCGAUAGUGUCAUUUGGACGCUAAAAGAUGUUCGCUCAGAAGUGCUACGUGAGUCGGAGAAGGGCGUGGAAGCAAAAUUACAAGAGAAAAUAUAUCGUGGAAAAGGAAACGGAUGGCAGGGUCUUGGUAACGGCGCUGUGGCAGAAGUCGAUCAAGUUGGCGAUCUGCUUUCAGAACUCGAUUCUUGCUUUGCGGAUGUGCAGUCUCCAGUGGCAUCAUUAGAGCAUGUACAACAAGUACAGCACGGUGCCGCAGAACAGAAGUCAGGCAAAGCUAAAGACAAAGGACUCAAUAUGAAUGGCAACCCAAAAGCUGCACCUACAGACCGGAGUAACGCAAAAGAGGCUGAUGUAAUUAUGAUUGACUAA